AUGGCUCUUGAAGCUUGUCCAACGAUUGAAGAGGUGAAAUGGGUGGUGUUUGAGAUGGAUGGGGAUAGUGCACAGGCCCAGAUGGCUUCACCGGUGUUGUCUAGGAUUUUGGCUGAUAGGUUGGCAGCCAUACUGCCCAAGGUUAUAUCUCCUCAGCAGACAGGGUUCGUCAAGGGCAGAAACAUCACAGAGAAUUAUCUCCUAGCCCAGGAGCUUCUGUCGGGGAUCAGACACAAGUCUAGGGGGGGUAAUGUAGCGGUAAAACUUGACAUGGCAAAAGCGUAUGAUCGUGUGUCUUGGACUUUCACUGUAAGCGUUUUGCGUAAGUUUGGAUUUGGUGAAAGGUUUAUUGACAUGGUGUGGAGAUUGUUGUCUAACGUUUGGUUUUCAGUCAUUAUCAAUGGGGCAUCGUAUGGAUUUUUCAAAUCGAGUCGGGGCGUCCGCCAGGGCGAUCCGCUAUCGCCAGCGUUAUUUGUCAUUGGAGCUGAGGUCUUAUCCCGAGGGCUUAAUAGCCUAGCUUUGCAGUCGGGAUUCUUGGGGUUCACUGUUCCCAGGGGAUGCCCUACGGUUACUCAUCUAGCCUUUGCGGAUGAUGUGUUGGAGAUGUAUCAAAGGGCAUCUGGUCAAUUGGUAAAUGCCCAGAAAAGUGGAUAUUUAGUGCACCCAUCAGUGUGUCUCUCUCGCCGAAGGGUAAUAGAGCGUAUUACAGAUGUAAAUCCGCAUAUUUUGGGGAGGUGUGUCAUUCCAUCUCAGCAAGAAUCCUUUCUUGGCGUUCAAAGCUUUUGUCACCUGGGGGGAGGAUCGUCUUUGUGGGUAUCCUUCAUGAGGGCAAAGUAUUGCAAAGGGGUUCACCCAUGUCAGGUGGGCUGGGCUCAAUCUGCUUCAGCAACAUGGAGGCGCAUGCUUGAUGUGAGCCGCCAGAUGGAACUAUCAAUGCUAUGGUUGUUAACUGGUGGGGGCUGUGGCUUUUGGUAUGACAACUGGGGGCCGUUUGUUACAGAUUCUCCCAUCAGGCAGUGUGGAUUUGGUGAUGAAAACUCCGGUUCCAAGUGGGAGGGGGACAGACCAAGUGGUAUGGAUGCCUACGAAGUCGGGGCAUUCACUUUGGCAUCUGCGUAUCAGGAGGUAAGGCAGGGACGCACUAGCUCGCUGGUGCCGUCCCGUAUAUGGCAGGCUAGGAUACUAUUGAAGGUAUCUUUUUUCAUGCUACGCUUGCUUAUGCGGCGCUUACCAUUAGAUGAUGUCCUAGGUGAGAUAGGUUUCAAGUUGGCGUCGAAAUGUUUUUGUUGUGUGGAUGCAACGGGUGAGACGCUGGAGCAUGUAUUCUCCACGGGACAACUGGCACUGGAGGUCUGGAGUUACUUUCAGAGUAUAUGUGGUAUAGCUAGUGAUAGCUCUAGCAUUAGGUCACAUUUGUUUGCCUGGUGGAUGCCAUUGGCACCGUCGGGCGAGCAGAGGGUCGUCUGUUCUGUUACCCGAUAUUUAUUUGUUGGAACAUUUGGAAGGCUAGGUGUCGAGUGGUGUUCGAUGGUGCAAGGGUUCGGGCGAAGGAGAUAUGUGGUGCAGAUAGUCCGCUGGGAGGCAGGAGGAUAUGGAUGCACGACGCUUAAUACGGAUGAUUGUGCUAAGGGUAACCCUGGAGUGAGCGGUGGAGGUGGAGUGCUUAGGGAUUCCAGUGGCCAUGUAUUAGUGGCUUUUUCGGCUUACCUGGGUGAGGGUUCUAGUCUUCGCGCUGAAACGCUGGCCGCCUUAUUGGGGAUUCAGCUGUGUCUUGGAAAGGGAGUUGCCCCCAGGGUGAUUCAGUCUGAUUCGUUGUUGCUAACGGAAAUCCUCCAACGACGCUAUCACUGCCCCUGGUACAUUAGGAGAGAGGUGGAGCAAAUUUGGCACUUGGUGGGGGAGGCUAGGUUCGUGCACUGCUACAGAGAGGCGAAUAAGGUUGCUGAUAUUUUGUCCAACGUGGGUAUCUCUCAUUCGCAACAGUUGGUUAGAGUUUAUGAUAGUGAGCUGGGUCUUCCCGUGUUGGCUCGGGGGAGGUUAGGUUAA